AUGGCAGCCGCCGCGAGCAAUGGAAAUCGGUCAAUCCAUUGCUCCCUCUCCUCCUCCCCUCUUCCUCCCCCCUCUCCGUUCCACCCCCCUCCUUCCGCUUCCCACUCCAUUUCCUCCCUUCCCCUCCUUCUUCCCCCCUUCACUCCGCUUCCCCACCCGCCCGUCCCCCGUUGCCACCCUCCCAGAGCUUCCCCCGACAUGGCGGCAGCGCGCGCAGAGGCGCUGCUGCCGCGCGAGCGGAGCGAGUGUAACCUGCAGGGCGGGCACGAGCAGCACCUGCACCACCACCAUCACGGCUUCGGCGAUAAAACCAUCACGUUCUGGGGAUCUUGCGUUCUUAACUUCAAUAAUAUCACGGGGCCAGCGGUCGUGGUUCUCCCGUUGCUAUACGCACAAGCGGGAUGGUUUUUACCAACCGCCGGGCUCACGCUCAUGUGGCUGUUUUCUUCGUUCGCGGCGACGAUGAUGUGCGAGGCGCAGCAGCGAAUUCCCGGUAACAAGGGUUUCGCGAGGCGGUUUGAGUACUGCACGCUCGUGCGGCAUUAUUUCGGCGACCGGUGGUACGCGCUCGCGCAGAUUGGGUUCAACGCGGGGCUGCUCGCGUCGAAUAUCGCGUCCAUGAUUGUUACAUCGCAGGUCCUAGACUCGGUGGUAUACCGACUAGCCGGCACGUCGUUUGGCAUGGACUACAGCCAGUGGCCGCCCGCUUUUAUCGAAUCCCUUGCAACAGGAGGGGCGGGAGGGAAUGUGUGCGCUUGGGGGACAACCAGCAGUGGUGACUGCAACCGAUCCGUGAUCUCCCUGGGCUUCGUCCUUGCAAUGGCGGUCUGCAUCCCAUUCGCCCGCCUCAACCUCGACGACAACAUGGGCUUCCAGUGGCUCUCAAUGCUCGCUCAGCUGCUCUUCUCCUUUGAGUUUGCCGCCCAGUUCCUCUCCAACCUCCUCCCCGGGUCCCCCAACUACUGCGCUGGCAACGGCCCCGGGAGAACACCCUUUCUCGGACUCGAUAUAAGCCAGGUCCUAGGAGUGUGUGUCUUUGCAUACUCGUACGUCAGCACCAUCCCCUCGUGGGCCAAUGAGAAGAAGCCAGGUGUCAACGUCAACCGAGCCAUCUGGCUGCCUGCUUCUGUCGGUUGCGCCCUCAACAUCCUACUAGGGCUGCUAGGAGCGUGGGCGUACAAGCUAGUGGACGACGCAGGCCACCCGUUCAAGGGCACGGACAACAUGCUGAACAUGCUGGACGGCCAGGCCGAUGCCGCCACCGCAUGCGGCCAUCCCCAUGUGGCCCCAGCUACUGAAUUUUCAGUGUACAUGUGGGGCUUCUUCGGCUACAUCCCGGGAAUUCCCAUCCUGGCCAUCAUGGUGCGCUACAACCUGCAGGCCUCGGGUCUCUUCUCCGACUCUGCCGCCUUCUUCUGGGCGGUUGUAGCGCCCUGGCUACUCACUGCCUUCUUCUACCAAGCUCAGGUGCUGGUCCAGUUCUGCAACUGGGUGGCCAUCAUCUGCCAGGGCUUCAUCAACCUCGUCGUCCCAACUCUCCUCUUCCGGGCCGCUCUCAUCACCUACCCCACCCCCGAAGAGCUCGAAUCCCGGGGCUACCUCCUCGUCUCCUCCUCCCCUCCCUCCUCCACACCCCUCUCCACCACUCCCCCUGCCUCCACACCACUCCGAAGCUCCUCCAGCGCUGAUCGGAGCCUCGUGGGGCUGAUUCAGAAUGUGAUUGCGGCACUCUCUCCCAAGCACUCACCAAGUUCGUCUGAAGGAGGAGGGGGAGUUAUGGAGAGUGAUAUGGAAGGGGCCGGUGCUUAUAAGCAGAUGCCGGAUGGUGCAGGAGGGGAGGUGGGGCGGGGGGGGGAUGUGAUUGUAGAGGGGGCUCGCGUGGUGGUGGAUUCAGAGAGUGACAGUGGGAGUGUGAGUGAAGAGGGAGGGAGCGAGACAGAACCUCUCACUGCUGCUGCUGCUGCUGCAGCUGCUGCCGCUGCUGCAACCGCAACUGCCACUCCCACCACCACCACCACCGCCGCCAACACUACCACUGCCACUGCAAAUGCUGCUGCACCAGCCGUGGCUGUAGAGGUGGAUCGGAAUAGAGGGACAGCAGGAACAACAACACAACGGCAGGCAGCUAGCCGAACAACCGGAGCAGAUCCUGUGGCUCUGAUUGGUCCAGGUCAGAAGGUGGUGCUCGAGCCACCUGUGCAAGCAGUGCCUACGUGGCUGCGUGUGGACCCCUUGGUGUUCGCCAGCGCGAUGACGUGGACGACAGGUUUAUUAGUGGCUGUCAGCAUCGCCAUCACCCUCCUCUCCCCUUAA